GUCAUGACGUACUACGCACAUUGGCGCGAGAGUUUGUUUGGUAACGUUGUAGUGCUGCUCGUCUCGGAGACGUCUUCCCUGGAAAAAUGAUGCGCAAAAAGCGACGCUCUUCUGUGGGAAAUGUUGCUGGAACUACUACCGCCACAAAGGCCAAGAAGAGUCGCAGCGCUGGUCUCCAGCCUAAGGAGGCCGCCUCAGAGGAGACGAGUGAAAAUGUGUUUGUUACUUUUGUGAAACAAGCAGGUGUCAACUUGAAACACGACGGCACAUCCCAUGAGAUCGCUGUUGACCAGGUAGUUUUCCAGAAGCGAAUACAGCAGCAGCUCCAGAAAAGCCCCAGAUACCCCGGUAUCCUGAAGGAGUUUAUAACAGGGCUGGAGGCUUACAUAGAGAACCCGGACAGGUUUAGGAACUGCCUUCUGCCGUGUAUUCCUCAACAAUCAGAAGGAGACAUGAGUUCUGUCAGCUCGUUCCAGGAAAGCCUGCUCAGAAUGUUUUUGGGCAUCGAAAUGCUGCAGACGUUGAUAAUUAACACCUUACUUGAGAAACUCCCUGAAUUUAUGCUGGACGGCACUGUGGAUGGAGGACUCAAUAUUCCUCGUAUGAUUAUUAAUCAGCUGAAAUGGCUCGAUAGGGUCGUGGAUACAAAGGAACUUGCCGUGAAGCUGAUGGAGCUGGUGUCAGUAGCACCAGUUGAGGUGCAGCGGGACAUCAUCACCAGUUUGCCAGAGAUACUGGAAGACUCUCAGCACAAUGACAUAGCCAAGGAGCUCAAUUCUUUGCUCCAGGAGAACACUCAGCUAACGGUCCCCAUCCUGGAUGCCCUCUCCAGUCUUAACCUCUCGUCAUCAUUACUGACUGAGGUCCGCGAGGCAGUUAUGGCCACCCUCGCUGCUGUCCAACUGGAGGACCUGCCCGUGGUGGUCAAGUUCAUCCUGCACUCCGUGUCCGCCUCAGAUGCAUCCGAGGUGGUGAGUAAUCUGCGUAAAAAGCUGGAGCUGGAGCAGUGCGUUCUUCCUCCGGCGCUGCAGGCCUCACAGAGCCGCAUGAAGAGCAAAUCAGCAGCAGCAUCCGCUUCCACGGCUGCAUCCGGCAGCAGUCAGGACAGCGUUGCGUUGAUCCUGGACUGCAUCAAGUCAGCGGUGCGGUUCCAGAAAACCAUUUCUGAGGCUUGGCUUAAGGCAAUAGAGUCUGUGGAUGAAGUCGAAAACCACAAGGUUUUAGAUCUGCUGCUGCUCUUCAUCCUGCACUGCACCAACGCCAACCAGAGCCGCCGGGGGGCGGAGAGGGUCCUGAAGCUCAAAGUGAGGAGCGGACUCAUCCCGGAGGCUCUGCUGCAGAAAACCUUCAGGGGCUACUCUCAGGUCAUGCGAGGGUACUUCCCCUCCAUCCUGGCCCUUGCUCAGAGUUUGCUGCGCUCCCCUGACCCCUGCGUGGUGCCUUUCGGUGGGCACAUGUACCGACACUCUUUCAGCGUGUUUGACUCUUACUGCCAGCAGGAGGUUGUUGGCUCUCUUGUGACCCAUGUGUGCAGUGGCGUCGGCGGGGAGGUAGACGUGGCCCUGGAGCUGCUCUGCAGUCUUGUUAUGGAAAAACCCUCAGAAAUGGCUCUCUAUGCUGUCUUUGUGAAGGGGAUCUUGGACUACAUGGACAACCUCACACCGCAGCAGAUCAGAAGGCUCUUCCACCUCCUGAGCACACUGGCAUUUGGCCAGCGGCAGCAAGGAUCACACAUCCAGGACGACAUGCACAUAGUCAUCCGUAAGCAGCUCUCCAGCACCGUGCCAAAGUACAAGCGCAUUGGCAUCAUCGGCGCUGUGAUGGUUGUCGGCAGCAUGGGAGCCUUGAGGCCUAAGGGGAAGGAGUCACAGAGCGGCUCUUUGUCCCAGGAAACAUUGAGACAGGUGACGGCUCUGCUGGAGCUGGUGAAGUCGAGCAGCGAGAGCUCCCCCGAGGCGGCGGCUCUGUACUACGAUGAACUGGCCAGCCUGAUCUGGAGCGCUACGCUGGACCCACAGGUGCAGGAAAUGAUCGGAACGAGCGUCCUGGACGACUUCCAGGAGGAUUUCGUGGUGGACAUUGGACCAGACAUAACAGGGUCCUUCCCCCUUCCAGCCCACGUCAUGUACAACCUCGAUGAAGAGGAGAGUCAGGGAUCUAUCGCCAUCAACCUGUUGCCUCUUCUGGCUAAGGAAGCCCAAAACAAAGGAGAGCAGCAAUCUCAGACUGGCAAACAACAAAGACGGGUGUCGACUCUCUGUUUAUCUCCCUUUUUCCGCCUCCUGAGGCUCUGUGAAGAAAAACGACAUCAGGGAGAUCUAGAAGAGAUCGAUGCUCUCUUGGGAUGUCCGCUGAUCCUGACAAACAUGGAUGCGGUGGACAAAGUUGAAAGCCUGUCAAAAGCCGAGAGGGAGCUCCUCUGUACUUUGCUCUUUCACACCAUCAACUGGUUCCGAGAGGUCGUGAAUGCAUUCUGCAAACAGGAAGAAACAGAGAUGAAGAUGAAGGUGAUGACCCGACUGCAGAACAUCACUUUUCUGCAGAAGCUGUUGGAGAGGGCUCUCGCAGGGACUCCUGGUUACGUUCCACCUGUUGCCAACUUUGACGGAGAAACUACAGAUGGGAUGACGCCAGGUUUCAGUGUUCCUGUGAACAAGGCAAAGAAAGAUGGAACAGGGAAAAAGAGAAAGGCUCCUGGUAAGAACGCUCCGGACGGCGUCUCUCAGCCUGAGGAGGCGACCGAAGCAGAGGAAACUCAGCAGGAGCAGCCGGAAAAGGAGAAGGAAAAGGAGAGCCGGCCCGGUGUCAGCUUGACGGCAUACAGACCCUUUUUCAGAGAGCUGGACAUGGAGGUGCUCAGCGUCCUGCAUUGUGGUUCGUUGUCACGCUCGCUGUUGGACUCUGAGCUCCACACUAAGGUGCGAGAGGAGGUCCUGCUGGGCCCCACUGAACUGGUCUUCCUGCUGGAGGACAUGCUGAACAAACUGGAGUUCAGUCUGACAGCUGGCCCAGCCAAGAGAGCCCCUUUCCUCAAGGCGAGGGCUGAUAAAUCAGUGGGAUUCUCACAUCUGCAACAGAGGAGCACUAAAGAUAUCGCCUGCUACUGUAUCCAGCUGUUGCCUGCCCUCUGCACUCACCUGGAAAACUGCCAUAAUCAUUUUCAGACGCUGCUCUCUGAGAACAACGGCGUCGUGGAUGGACCUUCAACAGAUGUGGAGGAGUACCUGGUAAUGUCAUCAGGUUACCAGCUGCUGCUGCAGGUCAUAAAUACCACCUUCAGCUGGUCUGGAUUCAGCCACCCGGGCCAGCGGAGCUUACUGAAGAAGGCUCUGGGAGUUUUAGCUGGACGACUUAAGGAAGGGGGUCCAGAACCGACCCUGGAACAGCUUGUGAAGCACAGUUUUGAGUACCUGCUGAACUUCCGCAGCACGAUGCCGAGCCUGAGCACAGCUCUGUGUCUCUCCCAGCUCCUGUCAACCGUGUCAGAGAAGGGAGGAAACCCCGGCGCCUACAGAGAGCAGACUGCUUCUCUUGCACGUCGUUUCCUCAGCCAAAGUUGGGUGACAGCUAGCGGGGAGAGAGAGCGAGGAAGCAAAUUCAACGAAGCACUUCACACACUCCUCAGCAUCUACAUGGAGCACGUCAACGAUGUUUUAAAGUCAGUGGAGGAGAUAGCCGGGGAUGGAAUCACUGAGCUGAUCAAUGCAUCCAAAGAUGAGAGCUCUGCAUCCUGGCCCACUCUGAACAGGCAGACGUUCCUGGUUUACUACAAGGUUCUGAUGGCCGAGCUGGAGAAAGCUGCCAGGAGGAUUCCUGCUGGUAAAAUGAACGACAGCUCUGAGGCUCAAAGUGAGAAGCUGCUGACAUGGAACCUGGCUGUAAGAGACUUUCACAUCCUGGUCAACCUAGUGAAGGUGUUUGAUUCCAGGCCAGUACUCAAUGUGUCCCUAAAGUACGGGCGCCUUUUUCUGGAGUCUUUUCUGAAGUUGGGAAUGCCGCUGCUGGACUACAGUUUCAAGAGGCACAAGGAGGAUGUCCAGAGUUUGCUGAAGACCUUCCAGCUCAGCACCCGGCAGCUCCACCACAUGUGUGGACAUUCCAAGAUGCACCAGGACACCAGCUUAACUAACCAUGUACCAGCUGUGAAGAAGAGCCUCGAGUUGUUCGUGUACAGAGUGAAGGCCAUGCUGACGCUCAACAACUGCCAGGAGGCAUUUUGGAUGGGGAACUUAAAAAAUCGGAACCUAAAGGGGGAAGAGAUUCUUUCUCAGAGAUCACAAGGAAGUGAUGACGACGACGAGGAAGAGGAGGGGAAUCAGGACUUACCCCGGCCACAGGAACCGUCAGACCAUGAGGGCCAGGAAAGUGAUGCUGAGGAAAUCACCAAGAUCAACGGAAACGAGGACUGUACAGACGACUCUGAUUAAUACUUAGAACCACGUAAACGGAUGAUUUCUUGUUUGUUAUAUUUCAUCUGACAAGAUUAAUCUUAAUGGUAUUGGUUAAGCUAUUAAAUACUAAUAGACCAACGGUGCUGAUCAAAAUCAGCAACACAUAUAUUUUAUCAUAGUUUUUGUAUUACACGCUGGACACUUUAAAGAAUUCAUGGAUGUAUUUCAGCGUCUCAAUAUUGACUAAGCCUAAUAAAGGGCCACUAUUGCUGUAUGUUCUGAAUAAAAUGUUGCAUUUGUCAGCAAAUAACAGAUUUUAAACCCCAAUAAUUUUGCUACAUUGUUUAUUAAAACUGUUAAAGUAAA